AUGCGACGCGGGAACCGUGCGUGUCGGCGCUGCUGCUCCCUGCCGACCUUUGGCGAGCUGCCCUCCGCACUCGCCGACCCGGCCUGCUCGCUGCCCGGCGCCCUCGUGCGCAAGGAGCCCUUCGUGCUGCCCUGGCGCUGGCGAGGCGACCUCAAGACUCCGCCCGCCGCGCUGCUGGUGCUGCUGCAGGAGGCCGUGCGAGCUUGCUCCAGUGGUCCGGGCGGCGCUGACGACGAUUGCGACGACGGCAGUGGUGGCGACGCCCGGGCAGAGACGUUGGCUGCGUGCCUGCCCAUCCACAGGAACGCGCUGCGCGUGCACCUGGGACGAGGCGCUUGCGCUGUGCGGCACGAUCUGCACGGAGGCUGCCGGGACCCCGCUGGAGCUGGAGGGCGUGCGCGGCAGCUGGCGGAGACGCUCGUGCAGCGGGGCGACGCGGCGGAGGGCGCGAGGGCCUGGCUCGGGGCCCUGCGGCGCCGGCCGAGGGACGCGCGCCUCGCUUACCACGCCGCCAAGUUCCUCGCCGCCCACGCUGUGGAGGAGAAGCCGAUCGCUGUGCUCGAGUCCCUCGCGGUGUCGUUCUUCGCGGAGGAAAAGGCGGCCACCACCGAGCUCCUGUUCAGGUCUCUGCUCGGGUGCCCCGUGCCGUACAACUUCCGAGCCCCCGACUUUGCGGCCGGAGUCUCGCGCGAGACGCUGCAGGCCCAGCAGGGCUACCUGUGGCUCUGCUACUGCUCCUGGCAGGUGUUGGCGAGUCCCGCGGCCGGAGCGACGGACGCCCACGAAGCUGCCCUGGGGGCGGCCCAGCUGACGGAGGAGCCGCUGCGGCUGCUGUGGUUGGACUACCUGACGCAGGCCAAGGCGAGGCUGCUGGCGUCGGCGAGCAAAGCGCCGGAGCUGCGGUCGUUCACGGCGCUCGUGCACCGCUGCCUCGCCACGGUGCCGGUGCGGCGCGCCCUCCCGCACGCCUCCGCCAAGUACUGGGCCGACUACACCUUCCACAACCAGGUUGUGGACGUGUACGUGGGCUGCCUGCCGCCCUGCCAACGCUCGGCGGCGCUGGAGAGGCUGCACGCGCUGGCGCCCACCAACGCCGCGCUGGCGUUACGGUUGCUGGUGGCGGAGGCGGAGGAGGGAAACGUCCACAGCGUUGCUCUACAGGCCAAGCUGCUGAUCCAGAGGCUGCCCUCCUGUCUUUUCAUCUGGAAAAUAGUCAUCGCUGCCACGAGAAAACUUCACGGCCCGUCGGAGCUGCGGCGCCUGUUCGUCCGAGCUCUGCACUGCCUUCCGCUCUCCGCGUCGCUCUGGAAAGAUUUUGUGCUCGCGGAAGCGGAGGCUGCGGCGUCGGCGUCGUCUUCGGCGUGCGGCGGCAAAGGGGGAGCGCCCGUGCAGCGUGCGCUGGCUCUGUGCCGCGAGGCCGGGGUCAGCCUUGCGGAGCUACUGCCCUCCUCCGUCACGCUCUCGCCAGGCCACGCCACCUCGUAAGUCCCCCCCGGCCUGGCGGUCGCCGGUGCCCGCCGGUGCCCGCCGCCACCCACCAGGGCGGAGGGGGGUGGCGGCGGGGGGGCGCGUGGGGGUGGCAACCACCGCCUCCUCCUGCCCAACUGUCCCAAGCCGCUGCGCUGUAAGUAAGCCCCGUCCCCCCCCUCCCUCCUGUGCCUGACACCACGUGACUCGUUCUGGGACCCCGAAGGCAGUAUUAUUAAAGUUUCCUCGCAUUUACUUUUUAAUGUCUGUCGAAACUGCGGUUGGGGGGGAGCGGAACGAUCGAUUUGAGUUUUUGCACCGCAGUUCGGUGCGGGCCUCGUUGGGUUUUUAGUUGGGGCCCCCGUGCGUCUUCGCCGCACGUCUUUCACUGUGACGGGUGCAAUCUCGUGAAACUUAAAAAAAAAACCCGGAAAAAAUGCAAAACGGAGGAGAAAUGCCGUGAACUCGCAGUAUUUGCUACAGACGGUAACCAUGGCUCCACUUUACCUGUUGUGUUAAAAGUUGCUCUGGAGGGCUCGGUUUUUGCAGGACUGCUGCGACAGAUGAAUAGUCCCCCACCCCAUCACCAAGGCAAGGACCACCACCAGCAAGCGCUAGCACUUUGCCAAGAGUGGCCGUUUCUCUCUCUCUCGCGCGAUGGGACUGUGAAGCCGGAUCGGUUUACAAGAAACGAGAGGUCGGCUGGCAAGUUUGCGCUACUUUUGCGCUCGCAAUGGCUGGUUCGCUCCGAUCACCGUAGGCUGCAAGUGUGCAGGAGAACACCCUUCCGCCCGCCCGCCUCGCCCACGUCAUGCCACGGAUGAGCAGGGAUUAUAAAGCGUUCCUGAAGCGUUGACUUACCGUAUAGAUAUUACCAAUUGUUCAUUUAAAUAUGUGUACAAAAAAAUUUAUGACGAAAGUGCCAGUUGAUAAUAAAAAAAAACAUUUAUUAAUUUCAA